AUGGCUCCAGGCGCAGUCCAGCACGAUACCACGCCUGCGAAUAGCAACAACGGCACCGCGCUGAAGGCUACGGCCCGCUCGUUUCACCCCACCGGCACCCCAGACCCAGCCAAGUACCACGCUGCGUCGUCACAAGAGGUCGUCGUUGACCAUGCCAGCGGUAUCCCAGCGCCGCCCGCCAUGUCCACCAGACCGCUCUGGCAAAAGGCCCAGCCCAUGCACUGGAUCCUCGACUGGGACGGCACCAUAACCAGGCGCGAUACCCUCGACGCCCUCGUCGCCAUCUCCGCAGCUCACAAGCCCGCCUUCCCCACCAUGCACCACUGGCAGCGCGUCUCGCAGGCCUACAUGGACGACUACAGCGCCCUUCCGCCAAUCAUUGACGCCGAAAAGCGUCUGGUGCGCCAGCAACGGGACGUGGAACAGCGCAGUCUCGACCGUGUACAUGCCUCUGCCAUCUUCAGCGGCCUCACCAAGCAAGCAAUCGAGGAGGGAGCAAAGCACGCCAUUCAGGCCAGCGACGUCCAGCUUCGCCAUGGCUUCUCGUCGUUCCACCGCCAGUACAUCCAGGCGCGCCCGAGUGCCGCCUUUGCCAUUCUAAGCGUCAACUGGUCCCGCCACUUCAUCCGCUCCUGUCUCGCUGCCUCGGGCAUUGCCGUGCCCGAGCACGCGGUUCUGUCGAAUGAGCUCCAUGGCAUCGCCGCUGGAAACCCAUCUUCCGGUCGUAUUGUGUCUGCCGUCACGGGCGACGAGGUCACUAUUGUGUCGAGCGGUGACAAGUUGCAAAAGUUCAAGCACAUGCAGCAGAGUAACAGGCCCAGCGUCUAUGUUGGAGACAGCCCCACAGACAUCGAGUGCCUGCUCGCUGCUGAUCUGGGCAUUUGCAUCCGCGACGACCCCAUGGGUAGCUCGCAGAGAAAACUCGCAGAGGCGCUAGAGACGCUGCAAGUCGCGUGUCCUAAACUGAAGGACUGCACGCAGUUGGGCGAGCGUAGUGUCGUAUGGGCUACGGACUUUGCCGAAAUUCUCGAGUGGUUACAAAUAAAUUCAUUAUAG